ACUCUGGUACGGUAGGUGGCGGUAUGCACCUUUUAAAGUCAUGGUUGCAACCCGCCAUUAAACUAAAAGAAGAAGAAUCGCGUGCUACACUAACCUUGUCGGCUUCCGUCGAGCUAGUGAAAACAACAUGGUGCUGGACAAGAAGACCUCAGCUCGGGUGGAGGCGGGCCAACGGAGAGUUCUGGAUGAAGCCACCCGUCAGAGGAGGCUGAGCAGGCAGCUUGAUGCUUUGGAGAAAGACAACUUCCAGGAUGACCCUCUGAGCUCACUCCCACCGCCUGGGCCUACUGCCCGCCUUCCAGCCUUCAGUGAAACAGAGGAGCCAGAGAAGAAGAAGAGGAAGACGCGGGGCGACCACUUCAAGUUGCGCUUCAGGAAAAACUUCACAGCGCUCCUGGAGGAAGAGAACCUGUCAGAGAAGGUGGAGCCAAAUUACCUCUCUGCACUUGCCCCCCCCUCCUCGCUUCCUCCCCGACACUUUUGCUGUGUGUGCGGAUUCCCGUCCAACUACACCUGCACUACCUGUGGGGGGCGCUACUGCUGCAGCAAGUGCUUGAGCACCCACAGAGAGACCAGGUGCUUGAAGUGGACGCUGUGACGCAGCCGGUUGUUGUUGCCACGGAAACUGUGACAGAUGGCCACCUCGUGAACGGAAUGUGGCAUGGACACUGUCAGCUGCUUGACGUCACCGCCAUUAUGGGCUACGUUGUCUACAUUUGUGUCCAAUGCUGUGUAAAUGAGAUCGGACGACACUUUUUAAGGCCAAAAAUUUGUGAUAUUUAUUGGAUCUCAUCGUCACAAUCUGCAUAUUUGUAUUAACAGAAUUGUAUUGGAAAGCAAGUCAUAGUAUAGAUAAACGUAAACGUCGACUCCACUACAACAUUAUUACAUGAAAUACUUGUAAUAUUUAUGUGUUUGGAGGACUACACAUCAAAAGGUGUAUUUUCUUCCAAGUCUGUCAAAUCGCCAAGGUGCCUCUUAAAAUGAUAGUAAAGCUAACAGUUAUUUACAAUUACAUUCCUCUAUUUAGUCAUUUAGUUGUGGCUAUCAUUUAGCCACAAUGUAUCUUCUGGUAGACUUUAAUUUUUUUCCAUCUGUGACUAUGCCUUAUUGUAUUGUACUGUAUUACAGGAGGUCCUCAAGUUAACAACAUUUUGUGGUUAGAAGGCGCACCCAUAAAUUUAAUUAAAAACGUAGUUUCGACCUAA